UCUGCUUCAUCCUCAACCGUACGUGCUCUGAACCUUUGCUAUGAAAAUUUUGGUCUUAAAUAUGCUCAAUAUCACCUUCUCUUUCAUUCUUGUAGCUUAAUAAUUAACCACUUUCGGUUAGCUUGCUAGGCUUCUUGUAUUAUUAUUGCUUCUCUCUCUGUCUCUAGUUUUGGUGAAGAUGAUGUAUGAACAGCAACAGCUUCAGAAUCAAAUGAUGAUGAGGGUGGAUUUGAGGAAUAAGAAGGUUGAUCAUGGGAGAGAAACCAUGGAGGAAGAAAAGCUUGAGAUUGUUGAUUUGAGUAGCAUGUCUUUGGAUUCUCUACCUAAUCCUUCUCUCAACUUGGCUACUAUUUGCAAACUUGAUCUCUCCAAUAAUAAUCUUCAGAAUAUACCAGAAUCAUUAACAGCUAGAUUGCUGAAUGUGGUGGUGUUGGACGUGCACUCAAAUCAGCUGAAAUCUCUCCCUAACUCAAUUGGGUGUUUGACAAAGCUCAAGGUUCUGAAUGCUGCUGGAAACCUUCUUGCUUUUCUUCCUAAAACUAUUGAAAAUUGCAGAUGUUUAGAAGAAUUGAAUGCAAACUUCAACAAGCUGAGUAUGCUGCCAGACAACAUUGGAUAUGAACUAGUGAACUUGAAAAAGCUCUCAGUGAAUUCAAACAAGCUAAUGCUCCUUCCUCACUCCAUUUCCUAUCUCACCUCUUUGAAAGUUUUAGAUGCACGCCUUAACAACCUAAGAUCUCUUCCUGAAGAUCUUGAAAACCUUAUAAACCUACAAGUUCUUAAUGUUAGCCAAAAUUUCCAAUACCUUGAAACCCUACCAUACUCUAUUGGCCUUCUUUUUUCUCUUGUGGAAUUGGAUAUUAGUUAUAAUAGAAUUACUUCUCUUCCUGACUCCAUGGGCUGCCUUCGAAAGCUCCAAAAGCUUAGUGUCGAAGGGAACCCACUUGUUUCGCCGCCAAUGGAGGUGGUUGAGCACGGUUUGCAUAUGGUUAAGGAGUAUCUGAGCGACAAGAUGAAUGCCGGUCAUCGGAGCCCCUUGAAAAAGAAGUCAUGGGUAGGUAAGUUGGUCAAGUAUGGAACAUUCAAUGGAAGCAUAAGAAAUCAUCAUAGUAAUAGUGAAGAGAGGGAAGGGUUCAUCAUGUCGGAAUAUCGUUCUAUUGAUGGCCUUGCUUCUCCUAGGUAUACUGGGAUAUUCUCUCCUCGUCAUCGUUUCUUCUCGCCUAAAAGAAUUUUCACUAGAUAAUCGUUCCAGUAUUUCAAAAAUUUUGAAUAAAGAAAGUGUUAAAAUUUAAAUUUUCUUGUAUUAUAAGUCAGGGAAAUUUAUAUCUAGACUCGAUCCAUCAUAAAUUCAAGAUAUAACAUGUAUUAUGAAACUCAUAUAUUUAUAUCUUGAAUUUAUAAUAGACUAAGUUUAAGUCAAUUUUCCUUGUAAUUAGA